AUGAGUAUAAAGUCAUAUUGGAGACAUCCGUUACUAUGGAACCCUGGGAGAUGGCUUAACAAGCGAAGGUUUAUUGGAGUGAAGAAUUAUCGAGUACAAAAGGAAAUUCCUUCGAUUGAAUCGUUGGAAGCAAACCCCUUUACUCAGGCUUUAAUAAAUGACACUGCCAUGGAUGCGGGGACAAGACUUGUUUUCCCUCGAGGUCUGAUGGUGAGGCUAACCAUGGACGCUAGACCUGACUCUGGUGCGAAUAACAAGGAGUCCAUGAAGUAUUUCCUCACCCCAAUCAUCGAUGAUCCUCCUAUACCAUUACAAUUCCUGCGAAGUUACAUACUAAGAAAUUACUUUUACAUUAAAUAUCAUUCCAUGGUUGGCACAUGGAGGAAAUUCAUCCCGUAUCAGUUUCAUUUUAAAAACAAAUCGUCAAAGAUAUCAAAUUCCAAAUUUGGGGUAAUACCUAAGGUUCAUGAUCAAAUUGGGAAGUUGUACAUGAACAAAGUCUUACAGGGGAUACAGGCUCUGGAUGUAGAAACCAUUGAGCGUUCUAAUUUGAAAGAUUUUAAAGGUGAUGGUCUUGUAAUAGAUUUAGAUAUCUCUGCAAAUGAAUCAGGAUAUUUACAUUUCAUAAACGGUACGCCCAUAAUAUCUUUGAAUGGGUUACCCACAGAAUUCCAAAUGGAACUUAUCAAUGAGUUGAAGCCCAACGAUCUAAUCUUCUUUCCAAAUUCAUAUAAAAACAUGAACUUGACUGCCAAUCUUGUCACUUUAUUUAACUACUAUAAUUAA